GCAUGGGGGUGACAGGACUCAGGGAUGACAGAGGUGGGGGGUGUGGGCCAGCCCCAGCUCACCUUAGGCUGUCCCUGGGCAUCCACACGGCCACCUGUUCUCUGCCACGGCAGGUUCUCAGUCAACAAGCGCAUCUUCGUGGUGGGAUUUGGGCUGUACGGAUCCAUCCACGGCCCCACCGACUACCAAGUGAACAUCCAGAUUAUUCACACCGACAGCAACACCGUCCUGGGCCAGAACGACACGGGCUUCAGCUGCGACGGCUCAGCCAGCACCUUCCGCGUCAUGUUCAAGGAGCCGGUGGAGGUGCUGCCCAACGUCAACUACACGGCCUGUGCCACGCUCAAGGGCCCAGACUCCCACUACGGCACCAAAGGCCUGCGCAAGGUGACACACGAGUCGCCCACCACCGGUGCCAAGACCUGCUUCACCUUUUGCUAUGCGGCCGGGAACAACAAUGGCACCUCCGUGGAGGACGGCCAGAUCCCCGAGCUCAUCUUCUACACCUAGGCUGCCCGGCUCUGCCUCCGCCACCGCCUCCCUGUGCGGGGAAGGCUGGGCCCCGAGCUCAUCUUCUACACCUGAGCCACCCGACACCGCCCGCCCUCCAUGGGGACAGCCGCAGCCCCGGGCCAUCAUCCGCUGCUGGGGCCCCCCACGUGGUGCCAGGCCCAGUAUCCCCCGGGCCAUCUGUCCAGUCCACGUCACCUUUCACAGCAUCAGGAAGAGGUUGCCCUGCGUUCACCACCACGAGUGCGGCUGCUGGAUCAGGGCAGCCGGGGAGGUGGCGGGUCAGUGGCCAGGCCCUGUGGAGACAGUCCCUCAGGACUGGGGACAGGGCUGUGCUGGCCUGGGCCAGGGCCCACGGGCCCACUGCUCAGGGCACCUGCCCACGUCGUCUGAUGGCGGUACGCGGCGUCCCGUGUUCCUUCACUGCACAUUGCAAUGCACUUGCGAUUUCCAUUUCUCUGCUAGGAGCCAGCCUGGUGGCACCGCUCCCAGAGCCAUGGGUUCCAGACCUGGCAUUCCUUUUGUUCCUGUCCAUUGAUUGGGACACUGAGGCCCCACCUGUCACAUGCCCCAGGCCACCCAACCGCAGCCUGCAGGGUGUUCCCGCUGCCUGGAUACCGGCCCGAGUUCCGCGCAGGAUUCAGUGUGGUGAUGGCCCCUGCUGGAGAGGCCUAGCCUUGGCCCAGGUGGUGAGCGGUUUGCAGUGUCCGUUCUCAUCCACCUGAUGGGCCCAGCCAAGGGCCCCCACUGUCCAGCCUCCCAGGACAGCCCUUGCAGCCCCUGCAGCCCAGUGUGGGACUCAGACCCUGUGCCCCAGAGCUCCCCUGCAGCAGGAUGGGGCUCCAGCCGGCCCCGACCGGGCCAGGGGCACUGCUCGCCUGUACAUACCGUUGCCCUAGCCCGCCUGGUGCCACGGGAGCCACCCCAGGUGCUGGGGGGCACAGCCCCUCCCCACCCCAGGCCACGCCCCCACCCACCCCGCGUGUUUCUGCCGUGACUCCUGGAACCUGCGUCCUCCCCAAAGCCAUGGAGGGGUGUCCUCCUCAGACCGCCCCCCAGAUGAUUUUUUUAAAUAAAGAAACGAACACACCUGCCCUGAGCGCA